GUGGUGGAGAGCCUCUGAAGGGGAGGGACAUGAUCAGACAUAGGUGUGAGGAUGCCGGAAGUGGACGAUGUGCAAGGUAGAUGGCAGGGGCUAGGAGGGGGCAGGAGGCUGGAGCCGUGGGAGAAAUGAUGAGGCUUCAACUGGGGUGUGGCCAGAGGAUGGGACACAAAUCAAAGUUAGAAUCUGCAUGCAAUUCGUUCACUAUCUGUUCUUUCCUGGAGCACCUACGGCACCAGGAGAGGAGCCAACAAGCCAGGCAGUAUCCCCGCCCCAUGGACCUAUGGCCUGGUGACAGGGAAGGCGUCACACUGGAGAUGGGGAGAACUUAGCACUGGGAGGGGAGGGUGGUGUAUCGCCCCCUGGAGCGUAUGUUGAGCAGGAGGUCAGUCCAGCCCAGACCGUUCUGGCAAUGAUUCUGGGAGGUUGCGAGGGGCUGGGGAGGGGACAGACGGACUUCUGAUCUGCUCUGAGACUCCCACAUUUGGAGAUCUGGACAUUUCGCUUCCUCUUUCAGUUUCUCCAGCCGUGAAAUGAGCUAGUGGGCUAAAAUCCCUCAGGUGGGAUGAAUAGGUUUUCGGUUGGGUUCCCAGUCGGUUCGAUUGGUAGCAGCUUCCCAGAGCUCUGUGCCGAGAAGGGUGCCCUCCAUGUCAGGCUCAGGGGCCAGGCGCACAGCGAGUGAUGAGUGACGCCUGCAUGGCGGUGGGCCGCGAAGCGGCACCAUGUACCCGCCAUUCUGGGCUUAGGAUUUUCUGAAGGUUCCAGCUCUGACAGGCUCUCGCUCACCGUGUUCAGGUCCAGCAUGGGACAGUUACAUCUCGUUUGCGCUCUCUCUGAAUUUUUUGGGUUUGAAAGUCAUCCCUCAGCAUUUAGACACAGAAGCUUCAGGAAGACAGGGGCCAUGAAUCACUGAGUCUGCUCGCCAACCCUGUCGGUCCCGGCAGGUGUUGACUUGCUGUUGGUUGAUGGAAUGAUUUCAGGAAAAGUCUCUGGAGGUUGCCUACACGUGUUUAUUCAUUUACUCAUUCAAUCAUUCGCUCACUUUGUCUCCCAAAUUCCCUGGACCACGGCAUCUCAGGCCCUGGAAAUAGGGAAGGGGGUCAAGACCCAACCCCUGUCCCCCACGGGCUCCUCGACUACCCGGGGUGGCAGACAUGGAUACACAUAAAUCCUCCACCCUUGUAAGGACCACACAACCGGCUAUGGUGGGGCCAGAAAGGGCAAUGGAUUCUGCCUGGGGGACUGUCUGGGAAGAUUCUAGAGGAGGAGACGUUUAUGCUGGGCACCGAGAGGUGCAGCACGCUGGGCAGGGGGCAAGGAAGGAGAGCGGGCAGCGGGAGAGGCAGCGACGUGAGCCACAGCACGCUUUGCUGGGAAGGAGGCCACACAGGCCACAUGGUGGGCAGUAGGGGCCCAGGGGCAGAAGGAGGCUCCUCUUACAGUUUCAUUGCCAGGACCCCUGAUGGAGCUCGUGUUCUGUGUACACAGCAAUCUGCACAGCUAGGACCACGUUCCCACUGAUCCCAUGGUCCUGCAGCUGAGGGCCUAGGGCCCACGGAGGAGAGGGGUCUUGUCUAAGGUCACUGAUCUGGUGGGGGCAGUGCUCCACCUGGAACCCAGGUCUGUCCACACGAAGGCCAGCAGGGCCUUGACUGCUGAGCAGGCUUCCAGCCCCUCAUGGGCCCUUUGCUUCCUCUCCCUCCAGUGCAGCCCCCCGCCCCCAAGGAGCUCCAGAUCACUAAUGCCAGGGACCAUUUCCUGCUGACCUGGAGUAUGGCCCUUGGGGAUUCCCAGAGCCACUGGCUGUCCAACCUGGAGUUUGAGGUGGUCUACAGGCGGCUUCAGGACUCCUGGGAGGACGCCCCCACCCUCCGCUCCGACUCCUUCCAGACCAUCCUGGGGCCAGAGCACCUGCUCCCCAGCAGCACCUACGUGGCCCGAGUGCGCGCCCGGCUGGCCCCAGGCUCGGGGCUCUCAGGACGGCCCAGCCAGUGGAGCCCGGAGGUCCGCUGGGACUCCCAGCCAGGUAACGAGGUCGAGCUGGGGCGACCCCCCUCUGCGGGGAGGAGGUUGUUACAGCUCCCAGACAGAAGGGGCCCAGGGGUCCACACUGCGCGAUUCCCCGGACCUCCCAUGCUGCCUGUUUGGAGCCACUCCCCGGGACCCCCCAUCCCCAGGUGACCCUGCAGAGGUGGCAGCUGCAGCUUACUCACUGCUGGGCCCCAGGGUGCCACACACGUUCUGACCGGGAACAAUCCCAAUAAU